UCGUUCUGAAUGAAGCCUCCGCCUUCCUCCUCCUCCUCCCAUCCCCCGGGGGGCGGAGCCGGCGAUGGUGGGGCGGAGGCAGGAGGUAGAGGAGGGGGGUUGGCCCUCAGCCCGCCCGGCCCAGCCCGGCCAGGCCAUGGAGGUCUACAUUCCGUCUUUUCGUUAUGAAGAGAGCGAGCUGGAGAGAGGCUACACGGUCUUUAAGAUAGAAGUGCUAAUGAGUGGACGGAAGCAUUUUGUAGAAAAAAGAUACAGUGAAUUUCAUGCUCUGCAUAAGAAGCUCAAGAAGUGUAUAAAAACUCCAGAAAUUCCUUCCAAACACGUUAGAAACUGGGUCCCAAAAGUCUUAGAGCAGCGACGACAAGGUUUGGAAGCCUAUUUACAGGCUGUUAUUUUGGAAAAUGAGGAGCUUCCGAAAUUAUUUCUUGAUUUUCUAAACAUACGGCAUUUACCCUCUCUACCAAAGACAGAAAGUUGUGGCUCAUUUGAGGAAACAGAAUCUGAAGAGUCUAGCAAACUGUCCCACCAGCCAGUUCUGCUGUUCCUAAGGGAUCCAUAUGUCUUGCCUACAGCCAACGAUCAUUUUCCAAAUGUAGUUAUUGAAGGAGUUCUCCAUGGGAUAUUUUACCCUCAUCUACAGCCCAGCAUGAAGUCAGAAGACUUGGGUUUUAAUUUCAACUCUGCCAUCUGCCACCCAUAUGAUUUUGGAUUCUGUAACCUGGAAACUUUGAAAAUCAAGGGAAAAAUUGGCCCCUUUUCAAGAAGAGGAAUAAGAUGUAUUCCCUUUGUUCCAAAGGAUAUGCAAGUAGGAACAAUGAACAGCAGUUACAAAAAGGAAGCUGUGGCUUGCAUGAGGACAAAAUCUCCCCAACAAUUAGACCUUUCCAGAAGAAGAACGGAUGACUACUUUCUGGAUUCUCUCCCAAAAUGAGCUAAAUGACUAUUCAUCAGGUAAUACCAGGCACUGGAUGGGAAUCAAUGGAGAUGCUUUGAUUCCCCAUUCUCAUUAUUCCUGUUGACCUAUUUAAUUUUCUACAUGGUCUUUGACCUUGACUAUCAACUAUACUAAGUUCAUACCCCAAAAAAGAUCAAAAGAAAAAAAAAGAUUCAUACAUGCAAAAAAAAAAAAAACUUAUAUCAUCUCUUUUUGUGGUGGCAAGGAAAUGGAAACUCAGAUAUGUCCAUCAAUUGGAGAAUGUAAUGAGUAAUUUGGUAAGAUAUGAGCAAAUAGAUAAUUUCAGAGAAACUUGGAAAAUUUUGUAUAAACUGAUGCAGAAUGAAGUGAACAGAAGAAAAUGACGUCAUUACAUAAUGACCACAAUAUUGUAAAGUCAAGAAAAACUUAGGAACUUUGAUUAGCAUAACCACCAACUAUGAUAUCACAGGAUUCUUGAUGAAACAAAUUUUCCAUCUCCGGAGAGAGACUGUAUAUUCAGAGUUCAGAUGAAGGUUUGGGGCUUUUGUUUGUUUGGGAUUUUUUUGGACAAGGACAAUGAAAGAAUUUUUUUUAGUUGACUAUGUGUGUUUGUAAUAGGGGAGAAUUCAUUUUUUCUUGUUUUCACAAUGAUGGAGAAGGAAGAGGAAGAAGAGAAAAAAGUUAAAUCUUACUGAAAAUCAAUUUUAAUUUUGAAAAAAUAAUUUGAAUUUUGGUUUGAACAAUAAUUGUUACUGGCAAUUACAAGUUUGUAAGUUCAGGUUUAGGCAAAAGUAUUUUCUUUCAUAUUAGAAUGAGGAGGAAAGGCUAAAAUAUAA